GACCGCGCGCGCGUUGUUGUGAUGCGCGCUUGGACUCAACCUCAACUCAAGGCCCCUAACUCUUCAACAACAACAACAACAUCAACUCAAGGCUGUGUAUAAAACUCUUCAACUUUGACUUCAACUUAUUCUCAUCAAGGCCAUCUAUAGAAUUAUCAUUCUGAGCGGACUCACACAGAAAACGAGGGAUCUUGAUUUGGAGAUUGAGAUGGAUCAGCAUGGCAUCCAUGGAUAAGGAAGAAGCUUCAACAGUGGGAAAUGGAAAGUACCAUCAUAUCCAUCAGUGUCUGAACUACUGCCACUCAUGCGGGCUGCAUCAACGUCACCAGAAGGACCAAAGUGGUCUCGGAAGGGCUCCACUGACAGCGAUGGGGAAUGGGGUCCGUCACAGAGUGUGAGGAAGUCUCAGAGGCUGAGGGACUCUACUCCCAUAGACAGUGGCUCUGAGAGCGACUUUCGGCCAGUUGUGAAGGAGGAGAUAAAGAUUGAAGUCACUUCACCAAGGGUUGAGCGGCCGUCGUCUCCCUCGGUGUCGGACGACGAUCCUUUCUCGGACCGCGCUCUGCAUUCUUUAGUGAAGGAGGAAAAGUACCGACCUCGAUCACCGUCACCGUCUGAGGACUUUAUCGGGUUUACUGAGGUGGACCGGGACAGUGCCUGUUUCAUCUUCAAUGCAAAAAGGAGUCUGUUACUUGGUUGUUCGUCUGCCAUUCGAGACUCUACUAAAGUUUUUGCUGAAAGAGUGUUCAUCAAGAGUCAACGUCUCGUCAUUAACUACCGAGAUGUGGACGGUCUCGAUGAUAGUAACAUAUUUUGUGACGUGUGCUGCCGCGAUUGGGACGGUGAAUGUCCCGUCCAUGGACCGCUAAAGAUCAUACACGAUACCAAGGCACGACCCGGUAUCGGAGAUGUCGAUAGGGACGUCAAGACUCUCCCGCCUUCUCUCAGCUCUGGUCAGUCGACAAAUCCAGCGUCUGGCACCGGAGUUUUGGCGGAGAAGGACAUACCUGCGCGCCAAAGACUCGGUCCUUACGAGGGCACCUUGACCACCGAGCAGGAUCAGGCCCGAAGUCGAACAACCGGGUACAGAUGGCAGAUCAAGAAGGGUGACCGGGUACAUCACUCGGUGAAUGCCGAAGACCCGAGCUGCAGCAACUGGCUCAGAAGGGUCAACUGAGCCCGCUCCGAGGAAGAACAAAACCUAGUGGCCUUCCAGUACCGGGGCCAGGUAUACUUCAGGACGUCAAAGCCCCUUCCGCGGGGCUCUGAGCUGCUGGUGUACUACGGAGACGACUCGGCCCGGGAGCUGACCGUCCACUCGGAGACGUCUGGGCAGUCUGUGACUUCCUCUCCGGCCGGACCGUCAUCUUCAGGCAUCAGUGGCUCGGUCCAACGUCCCCACUUCGACUUCCGAUGUCUGGGACAACAUUAUCUGGAUGGACAUGUGAAGACAAGUCACGGCCACAUCGACAGGAACGGCAGAUUCAAGUGCGAGUGUUGUCAGUACUCGACCGACAGGUCCAGAGACAUGAAACACCAUCGAAGGACUCACACUGGGGAGCGGCCGCACCGCUGUGAUAUCUGUACGACACGGUUCAUUUUACAGUCACACCUCACGGCACACAUGCUGACUCACACUGGGGAGAGGCCGUUUGGCUGCUCUGUCUGCACGGCACGGUUCGCUGUUCGGUCACACCUCAACAACCACAUGCGGACCCACACUGGGGAGCGGCCGUACGGCUGCUCCAUCUGCACGGCACGGUUCACUGAACGGUCUACCCUCACUAGACACAUGCGGACCCACACGGGGGAACGGCCGCACGGCUGCUCCAUCUGCACGGCACGGUUCGCUGUUCGGUCACACCUCAACAGACACAUGCGGGCUCACACUGGGGAGCGGCCGUACGGCUGCUCCAUCUGCACGGCACGGUUCGCUGAACGGUCUACCCUCACUAGACACAUGCGGACCCACACGGGGGAACGGCCGCACGGCUGCUCCAUCUGCACGGCACGGUUCGCUGUUCGGUCACACCUCAACAACCACAUGCGGACCCACACUGGGGAGCGGCCGCACGGCUGCUCCAUCUGCACGGCACGGUUCUCUGAGCGGUCAAACCUCAUCACACACAUGCGUACCCACACUGGGGAGCGGCCGUACGGCUGCUCUAUCUGCACGGCACGGUUCACUCAACGGUCCACCCUCACCAGACACAUGCGGACUCACAAUGGGGAGCGGCCGUACGGCUGCUCCAUCUGCACGGCAAGUUUCACUAAACGGGUCAGCCUCACUCAGCACAUGCGGACCCACACGGGGUAGCGGCCGUACGGCUGCUCCAUCUGCACUGCACGGUUCUCUGUUCGAGCAAGCCUAAUCAACCACAUGCGGACCCACACAGGGGAACGGCCGUACGGCUGCUCCAUCUGCACGGCACGAUUCACUAAACGGUCUAACCUCAACAACCACAUGCGGACUCACACCGGGGAGCGGCCGCACGGCUGCCCUAUCUGCAAUGCACGGUUCACUGAGCAAUCAAGUCUUAUCAAACACAUGCGGACUCACACUGGGGAGCGGCCCUACGGCUGCUCUAUCUGCAAGGCACUGUUCACAUACCGGUCACACCUUACCAGACACAUGCGGACCCACACUGGGGAGCGGCCGUACGGCUGCUCCAUCUGCAUGGCACUGUUCACAUACCGGCAGACCUCACUACACACAUGCGGACCCACACUGGGGAGCGGCCUUAUGAGUGCUCACACUGCCAGGCCCGGUUCGCUCAACGGGCAUAUCUCUUCAGACACAUGCGGACCCACGCGAAGAGCGGCCACACUGCUGGCUCGGUUGUUUGACACACAGACAGUAAGCCACUUUUCGGUGGUACACAGUUUUUAUUAUUACACAGGUAGGUAUGACCGAUGCAGUAAAUGAUUUCAAAUUUCAUUGACGAAAUGCAGUGUUGAGUCGUGUCAAGUAACAUCAACAAGUGCAUGGCCGGCAGCCGUUGUUCGUUUGAUAUUAGGGUUACAGAUGUGGUUCUCGUUGGUGAGCGUCGUGGCUACGCGCGUCACAUCUGGUUUGUUUGUAUUUACACAGGAUGAUUCAGUGGUUGUGUUUUUAAGUAGCCGCCUUUACAUAGGAGGUAAGGAGUGUCGAUGUUUGGUACAGCGUCGUAGCGCUGUAAUUUGUGAAUAGUAUCCGGCAUUGAAUGACAUUGCCUCUUUUUUGCUGUUACGACUCACUCGCAUUCGUGGCAUUUCGUAUGUUCUGCGCAGCUUUUGUCGAUAAGGUGCAGGUUAAAACAUCGGGAUGGCAUGUUAAUCUUACAACUCUCUAUCCAUCUUUUAUAAACGCGGCUACUGUAAGAUAUACGAGUACGACGUACAAACUGUCUGGACCUACAAGCCUGACUGGGUGUUGUCGGGUCCCCUUCGGCAGACGAUGUGCCGUCAAAGGCUGAAAGCGUUUUAUAGAAGAAUGUACUGACGUUUCAUCAGGACACAUGUCUCCUAACCGAUACCUUCUACUUGUUCCGUAGUGUGAUGGUGUUCAUGUGCAAGCACAAAUAUUGCCAUGGCCCAAUAAACGCGUGUUGAUGAAU